UUUAAUAACAUGGCGGAUAUGAUUCUGUUUCACGUUGCACGCACGAGGCACAUUUCUACGUAGAAGCCAAUAAUUAACUAAGUAGUAAGUGAUCGAAAUUAAGUUUGAUGUUACACAAUACUAUCUUCUGAUGCGAUAAAAUGACCAGCGGAUUCGUACAUUCCACGAAAGUCCCAAGACUUUAUAAAACUGCUGCUAAAAUCAUUCAGGAAGUUCGUGAAAGAGGUAGAAGUCUCAAAUCUUUGAUUUACGAACAAAGCCAUCCUAAUGUAUCCGCAAUAUAUUCUUUAUGCCUCAAUACAUUGCGAAAAGAGGAACACUUAAAUCAUCUUAUAAAAAAAACUAAUAUUUUGGUGACUGAACCUCGUUUGGAUGUAUGGUUAGCAAAAAUCUUGAUAACAGAAUUACUGUGGGGCAAAAAAACUUUAAAAACUGAAUGUAAACCUGUUUUAACUAUACUUAAUUAUGAACAGAAAUUACGGAAAGAAUUAAACAAUAUUAGUGAUAUUGAUGCCCAUCAGACAUCUCAUAAAACAGUUAAAAAACCAAGAUAUGUUCGUAUCAACACUUUGUUAGUCACACUAAAAAAAGGGAUUGGUUAUUUUCAAGCAGAAGGAUGGUCUUUCAUGCCAAAAUGUUCGAGUUAUGUAGAACAUUUAAAUGCUAUCAAAAAUUUAAGAAAGCCAAAUUUCAUUCAAGAUUUCCAUUUUCCAGAAUUGCUUGUUUUUCCAUCUGACACAACUUUUCAUGAUCAUCCUGGUUAUCAAAAUGGAGAAAUUAUUUUACAGGAUAAGGCUAGUUGUUUUCCAUCGCAAUUGUUAAAUCCAAAACCAGGGUCUGUAGUACUUGAUAUGUGUGCAGCUCCUGGACUGAAAACAUCUCAUUUAGCUGCAUUAAUGAAAAAUUCUGGAAAAAUUUACGCAGUAGAGAUUGACGAACAGAGGUAUGAAACAUUAUGUGAACAAAUUAGAAUAACAAGUGCGUCUUGUGUCGAAACUGUUAAUAAAGAUGCGUUAACUUUGGAAGAAAAUGAGUAUUCUAAUGUAGAAUACAUUUUGGUUGAUCCAAGUUGCUCUGGUUCAGGUAUGGUGGAGAGAGAGGCAGUAUAUGGUAAAGAAGAAUAUGAUCCAUAUCGUCUUAAACAAUUGCAAGCUUUUCAAGUGUUCCUUUUGCGGCACGCUCUAUUAAAUUUUCCGAAUGUAAAGAGGGUUGUUUAUAGUACUUGCUCCACCAACCCAGAAGAAAAUGAAGAAGUAAUAGAUGAAAUUCUUGAAAAUGUACAAGAUGCAUACAAACUUGUUCCUCUUAAUACCCUGUUAAAAGAAGACUGGCUAAAUUUUAGUUCAAAGAAAUAUAAAUGUUCAGACAAAUGUCUUUAUUCCAAUUCUGAGGUAGAUCUUUGUAAUGGCUUUUUUGUCGCUCUAUUUGAAAGAAACUUUGAUAUACCUUUGCCUGAAUAUAAACUUAAAAAGAAUGAUGCGAAAAGUAAUCAAAAAAUAAGCGAAACUGAAGUGUUAAACGUUCAGAAAGUAAGUACAACACGGAAGCGAAAAAAGCGUGGUAAAAAGAAGAAUGGUAAUCAAGGAAUUUCUAAGAAUGAAAAAGUGGGUAAUAGUAUUUUAAACGUUUCCUCUGAUUCGAUUAAAGAAUUAAACAAUGAUAAUGAUUUGAUUCAAAACAAUGGCAUUGAACUUUCUCAAAAUGACGAGAAGGAACUUUCUGACAAUAAUGAUGACGAGCCGAUAAUUAAGAAGAGAAAAAAAAAAACUGUUCGAAAGAUCAUGAAGUUGCCUCACAAAGGACUGCUAUUAUCCACUAAAUUACAGAAAAAGAAAAAGAAAAUUCCUUAAAAAUAUAGUUUACUAUCCCUAUACGUCUCUAUAUUCUUGUUAUGUAAAAUGUGUUGAAACUCUUUAUAUUGGAUUCACAGAGGCACGAUGAAUUAAAAAAGUAAACAAAAAAUUGUAUGAUGUCCUUUUCUUCCCUUAUAUUAUUAUUUCUCCACGUAAUUCUUCUUCAGUUAUUUUUACUAUUAUUUCGGAUAAGAUCGACGUUUUUUUAUCGUGGUAGUGUCGCACAACUUUAGACCACGGCACGGAAACUUAAGCACGUAUCACGUAACAAAUUCUACAGGAUUCUGUCCUUCAAUCCAAACACGAUGAAAAGGUUCAUGAUAGUUUUUACAU